UAGUCAAGAGGUGUAUGUUGCCAGAGGUGGCAUUUCUUAGAAACGUUUCGUCACUUUUGUGUCAAUUGACAGUCUGUCAUACACGACAUUCUGGCGACUGACAUAUGUCACAUAUGUUAGGGACAUAAUUUCCACACAUUAGGGACAAUGUCUAUUUAUAGUUUGUUCAUGUUCACUCUGGUUGUGGUUGUGAAUGUGGUUGUGGCUGCUCCGUUUGAUGCAUGUAGCCUGGGUACCCAGCUGUGUAAAGAAAAUUUCAUGAAGAAAUUGACAGGCCACUUGCCAACAGAUUUUUGUCUUGAACUCCAGUCCCUGCUGGGGUGUGUGGACAGGGCCUGCGACUUGAGUGGGGCAGAGCUGUUCUACAUCCGGUCAACACUCGACAGGCAGCUGGCUAGUCGUGGUCUCACGUGUGAUUUGAAUUUUUCAGAUUACUCGGGUGAUGAGGGCUAUGAUGACUGGGGUAAUGACGAUUAUGAUGAGGGCUCAACUUCAGCUGACGACCUGUCGACAUACUUGCCGCCCCUGCCUACAGAAGCAGGUAGUUCCUUAACUGUUAAAGAAAAAUCUGAAGCAGACGCGGGCACUCUAUCCCCACCUAACCCUGAGGGAAGUGUUGGACCGAAGGAAACCCCAGUAUCAACCAAUGAUGAAAUGAUUCUAACAGAAAUCCCCAAGUUGAAUGAGGACAUCGGACGACAAGCGACAGAAGACAACCUCUCACUUGACUGUCUAAAGGCGCUGGGUGCCUGCCAGGACCUGACCCCAGGCUCAGCUAGGCCCGUCUCAGACACGCCCACCGUCUGCUCAAAAAUAAACGAGUUAAAAAGUUGCAUGGAAUCUAAGGGUUGCCACUCCCAAGCUCUCAAAUACUACUAUGAUUCAAGAAUGGCAAAUAUUGCAUCGAUAUACGGCAUCAACUGUGAAGAAUACAUCGCACCACCAAGAAAACCUACUAGUCUCGAUAACACGGUGAAUCGGCCCUUGCUGUUUUUAGCUGAAGGGGAGAGAAGUGAAAUAGAGAGGACAAGUUAAAUAACAAGACUGUCUUGUCAGCCACACAGUCACACACAUAACAACCACACCCUAGCUACACAUACACACACACAACACAAAAACCAUACCCUAGCUACACAUACACACACACAACACAAAAACCACACCCUAGCUACACAUACACACACACAACACAAAAACCAUACCCUAGCUACACAUACACACACACAACACAAAAACCACACCCUAGCUACACAUACACACACACACAACACAAAAACCAUACCCUAGCUACACAUACACACACACAACACAAAAACCAUUCCCUAGCUACACGCCCCCCCACACCCCACACACACGAUCACCCCCACACACCACCACCUACCAGAGCACCCUGAACCUCAAUACAGCUGACGUCACAGAGAAAAGAAAUUUUUGAAAUCCCCAGAAAAACCUCAGGCAGGUCAUGUGAUCAUGCAGUCAAAAAAGUCUCCUGUAUGACUUGUUCAGUCAGCCAAGUCACAUGAUCGGACGGGUUUUCCAUCUGAUUAAUAUUUUAUUCACCGGAUUUCUCCGUUCCUGAGAGUUCAUUUUUAGAGUUCUGGGGUUACCCGAUAACUACACUCACAUGAAAAAAAUAUAUUGAGUUACACCCCCUUUACGGGUCUAAUGGACUUGUUCAAAUUUACGAUAGGAGCUUGGAGAUUGUGUAGCAUAAAUUGAUCUAGUGAUGUAUUUCUCAUUAUCUGUGAAUUUACUGGCUUAUCUAGUCGUUCAGAUUCUUUCUUUAAAACUCGUGUCCUAGGGAAAAAUUAUAUAUAAUGUUAAAAAUAAAAUAUAUACUAAAGCAACUUUUCAAUUAAACUUUUUAUGAAUCAGGCCGUACUUAUCAGACUAUUUUCUUACAAUACAGAAUUAAAAUGUCGUCUUAGUUUACUUAUCCCAUACACAACUUUUUUCCAAAGGCAAUUUCGCUAACUCUGGGGCUAGUUUCUGGAACAAUCUUCCAAAUAAAAGAAACUAAUCCACAACUCAAUAUAUAUUUAAAAUAAAACUGAAAAAAAUCAACUUUUUCACUAUCGCGUCUAUUAUCAUUCUUUCAACUAUGUAAUACAAAGAUGUGAUUCUUUCAACUAUGUGAUACAAAGAUGUGAUUCUUUCAACUAUGUGAUACAAAGAUGUGAUUCUUUGAACUAUGUAAUACAAAGAUGUGAUUCUUUCAACUAUGUGAUACAAAGAUGUGAUUCUUUGAACUAUGUAAUACAAAGAUGAGAUUCUUUCAACUAUGUAAUACAAAGAUGUGAUUCUUUCAACUAUGUAAUACAAAAAUGUCAAUACUAUUUCUUUAUUCCCUGUGCUACUACCAAGUCUUUAACAUUUUAUUUCAUAUCUUUGAUAUUUGUUUUUCUUUGAUAUUUGUUUUUCUUUGAUAUUUGUUUUUCUUUGAUAUUUGUUUUUCUUUGAUAUUUGUUUUUCUUUGAUAUUUGUUUUUCUUUGAUAUUUGUUUUUCUUUGAUAUUU